AAGUGGUUUUUACAUGAAGACUGCGUUUAUGUAUAUCAUUCGUUAGCUUAUUCACGUGUAAGACAUAAAAAUGAAAAUGAAUUAAAAACAAUAAGUUACCUUUAUUUAUUUGAUCAGUCAUUUAUCUAUCACAAAGUUUUUAUAAAAAGACAUGUAGCGACAUUACAUGGAAUUGAGAUGGUUUGAAGGGACUUAACAAUUCCAGUAUUAAACAUAAAUAUCGAAACUUUUUUAAUGAAUAAAACGCGUGACCGUUAUUCCCUUAUACAUUUUUAUGAUAAACGGGCCGCAAUUCAAAAGGGUUGAACCGCUGGGACUUCUUACAAUUCCAGAAGAAUCAUAAUAAUGACAGUCGAGUGCAUAUGUUAUUUACUUCCAGGUAUUACAACAUCACGGAACGAACUCGCAGUAUCAGGUGAUUAAAGCAACAAUCCCACAUUAGAUUUACGUCAUUACAUUAUUUCCGCUAUGCGCAUGUUUCGAAUAGCUUCACCACAUCGAGAGGUACAAAGAUUUACAACUAAGACAUUGUACAGUGGCUACAACCCUAUAGAAUAGUUUAGUUUUUAGACUUCCUAAUAUGGACGAUAGAUGGAACAUGAUAUGUAAAUGCUAAAUGGUCAAGUGGAAGUUACGUUCGCCUGUUUAGAAUAUGAACAGCGUUUCAGACGCGGUGCUUGGAGUUCUAUCGUCGGUGUUUUUAACCUGCUUUUGCAUGUUAUUGUGUACAAUAUGCAACCGUAGACGACAGCGUAGAAGCUUCAGAAUUGACAGCGAGCAACAUGACAACCCAACGUUCAUUGAUGCGACAGUUGAGAGUCCUACACGACCAUCAACUACUGUACACAAAGUGCAGACAGUCCCUAUUACAACACAAGGUCGUGAUAGUCCUUUCAUGGAUAGAAGACGUAUUACAGAUUCUCCUCUGCCAACCACCCCUACAACCACUGUCGAGCCGACCUACGUCAACUACCAGCCCAACAAGCAUGUUCCAAAAAACAGCCCUAAAUUUAACGUAAGCAUCCGCCAACCAACCCCUAGCCCACCUGUUAAGCCAAAUACUCCGGUUUUUCGUCCGGUUUACGCGCUCUCAGAGAAAGAGAAGCAUAUAAUACUAGGAGAGACAGAGGUAAAUAUUACCAAGGAUUCUUAUCUACCCACGGCCAUUCAACAAUCCAGAAGAAGCUUUCAUUCAAGCCCGGAGUCGCACCGUAAGUUCUCUGGCAUCGAAGAUCGUGAGACGAAUCCACCCAGAGAUCCAAUACCAUUAGAAGAAUAUUUUAAGGUUCCAACCAACGUAAAACGAAAUUCAAAUUCGUCCGACUAUUCCAAUUUCAGCCACUACGGUAAACGGCCAAGUUAUGGCGCAACUGGAUCGUCUCAGUACAGCUUUGCAGAUUCAAUACCUGGUGGGAGAGCGUGGGUUCCAGUUCCAGUUUCACAUCAAGAUUACCCGUUUCGAAAAAGUUCGCAAGACCUCAGUAGCAGAGCAUCACCAUAUCGAUCCCCAAGACGGGAUAUUAUGGACACAAACUAUGCCCACCGUAAAAGACUCCAAGCUACAAGUCAAUCGCCAGCAAUCUCUUCUAGUGGAAGCAACUUCAAUCCUGACAAUCGUGACCACAACCCGUUUUUUUCUUCGCAACGAACGCCAAGGCAGAACUCAAGUUAUCAAAAACGAGUAAAAAGGUCACCCAUGAUGCAAAAAACUAUUUCAAUAAUCGAGGAAUACGAAGACCCCUUUGACGUUAUAAAUUCUCCGUCUUCUGGGUCGGCCUCGAACCCAAGAACUCCGACAGCUCAACUACCAAGUACGAGUUACCGACCAUCUCCACCAGUCACCCCUGCAAUAAAGCAACAGUCUCCUGGAUUGAUGCGACAAAAUGCUCAACCCCCGCUUUCAGCUAACCUUCCAAUACCAGAUGUCCCAGACUCAGACGACGAGACUCACAUUUAUGUGCUUCCAUUUGCGAAAGCGUCGCCGCCAACGGUCACUGUUGAGGAAUACUUAUGAACUCUCAGCAGCCUUUUUCUCAUGUACCGACUUUUGUGCACUUAUUAUAUUUUAAUAAAAGCAAAACUGCGAGACUGUCAUGUUUAUAGCAUUGUAGGUAUACUGUACGUCUUCACAGGUCAAAGUCAGAUGAGUUAUAAUUAUGGCUGCAUUUCCAGGCCUUAUACGUCGUGUAGUUAUAUACGUUGGUAUCCGGUGACAGAGAUGUUCUGCUUAUUUGUGACUCACUGGGCAUUGCACAUACAAACGAAUGUUGGCCUGACACAACAAUUGAAAUGACCUGGACUGUAAGACUCUGAUUUACAAUACACGCGUAAUUAGUCGUCACCUGCAUGUGACGUCAUUGCAGUCGACAAAAACAAAUAAUUUCCGGUACGCGUAGCUCUAUUGUACAGAAAGCAUAACCGGACAAACAAGAUAGACUAAAGUAACAGGAUCUACUGUUGGCUAGCAUCCGGUGCAAUCAUUAGUAGCCCUUGUUAAACUGGAUAUAUAGACAGCGGUGUUUAUUAGAGCGAGCGCUUAGAGAUGUAGCACAGUCAUAAGGUAGUAUAGUGUAUGUGUAUGCAUCAUAGUAUGACAUGGAAACCGUUGAGGGCAAUAUACGUUCCCAGCAUACAGUGUAUCAGUCUGACGAAGAACAUGUAGUCGCAUAUACAAGGCAGUGACUUAACAGUCUUUUGGUUUUUCUCGUUAAU